CGACAACCGCAUCAAGCAGCCUCCAAAAGACGACUCUCUCCCACCAACCCUUGCUGCCAUUGUCCUGCGCCCGAGCAAGCAACAACCUCACCCCACCCGAACCUUAAUCCAAACCACACAAACCAACCACCCACAAUGCCAACCGCCGAGUCCGCCGCCUUCCUCGCCAAAAAGCCCACCGUCGCCCCGACCUACGAGGGCGUCGACUUCGAGGACAACGUCGCAGUCCACAACGCCCGCGAUGCCAUUAUCCGCGAGCAGUGGGUCCGCAGCAUGAUGGCGCGUCUGGUUGGCGAGGAAUUGGGCAAGUGCUAUGCGCGCGAGGGCGUGAACCACCUCGAGAAGUGUGGUGUUUACCGAGAGAAGUACUUCGAGCUCCUUAAGGAUAGCAAGAUUAAGGGUUAUCUCGGCCAGGAGAAGAACCGCUUUGGUGGAGAGUCGGCAUAAAUGUUUACGUCUUUUAUUGCGUGUUCAGCUAUGCGAUUGCGUUUCGAGGCUCAGGUUUGAUAACCGAUAUCAACUGCGGGGACUGGACAAUUUUGAUGCCGAGAUGAAAUGGUCGGCUUUGGUCUGAAACCCCGCGGUUUCCAUUCGGUCCUGUCCAAUCUUGACCUUAUAGACACCCAGAUCGGGUCUGUGUCGAAGGGGAGACGAAAAGAUGGCAGAAGAGGGUCUGGAGAUUACCCUCUGUGCUCUUGUCCGUUUGUACUGUACAUAAUAUCACUUUGUUUGAUCACUCUUCCUUUAUUUUCCUACGAUGUUGGAGUGCUGUUCAAAGAGGUCGUAGUAAACCACUUGACCCACACUCCGUCCUUGGAUGCCAAUGUAUCCUUGCC